CUCCAACUCCCCUCUCACCCACGCCCAACCCACCCCAUAUACCUCUUUUAAAUUUCCUCUAGAGACCUUUCUGUCUCCUCACAGUCAAAAUGGGUGCUAUUCCUGAGGCCGAUCCCGAUGAGCCUAUGGAGACCAAGCCCUUCAAGUUCGUCACAGGCUAUGAUGCUCGCUUCCCCCAGAUGAACCAGACCAAGCACUGCUGGCAAAACUACGUCGACUACCACAAGUGCGUCACCGCCAAGGGCGAGGAUUUCCGUCCAUGCCGUCAGUUCUACCACGCUUUCCGCUCCCUGUGCCCCAAGGCGUGGACUGACCGCUGGGACACCCAACGCGAGGCUGGAAACUUCCCCGUCCGCCUGGACCACUAGACGAGUAACAAGUCAUUGUUGAUUGAUUUUCCAAGCAUUUUUUGUGUCAACAUGUACUCUACCUGAUCAAAACGGGAAUACAAAUCCGUCCCUUGGACUGGCUCGGGAGAAAGAUAUAUAUAGAUCCGCCGUAGCUGAAAAUCCAUUGUGCCCCUAUUCUGGUCUAUCUCUUGUCCUUCGCAUAUGUAGAAGAAUGUACGAUUCGCCUUAUGGUACCAGCAAUUAGCGCCUCUCAUUCCAACCAAUACUAGUAGAGAUAUCGGUAAGCGGAAUAUGCAAGAACGGUUGAGCUAAUAGCCGCGAAUGACAACCCAGUAGAGUUUAUUCUUCUAUGUAAUAUCCGAAGCAACAAAUCAUUCUAUCUAUUCCAACUCAACAUAUAGCCAACAUAUAGCCAACAAAAACCAGUGCUGCAACCGCGAAGUCACUUUCGGCACUGAGACAGUCUAUGAUAGAUAAGCAAAUUGCUGAAGCAAAGGACCGAUACCCGGUAUAUUUAAAAAAGAAUCUCCCAAUAUAAGAGUAUCUCGGUGCAGCCAAAGGACAGCACACGUAGAAAUCGAGGGGCCAAAGAGGCCAACCAAAUCACACAGAGGCGUGAAAAAAAAAAAACAAAAAAAAAAAAACAAAAGAA